GUUAUAACCUGGGAAAAGGUGAACAGGAGAGAGAAAGGUAGUGCACGAGAUAACUAUUUUUUUACGUGUCUAUUUCUUUUUCCACCAGCAUGGACUGAAAACGUAUGUCUUUGCCUCUGUCUCCACCCGAAGCGGAAAUGGAACAAAACGUCAGCUUCAGCAGCAGCAGCAGCAGCAGCAGCAGCAGCAGCAACAACAGUAACAGUGACUGCGUGAUUGAGAAUUUUAAGAGAACAUUUUAUCCCAUAGUGUACCUGAUCAUCUUUGUCUGGGGAGCCUUGGGAAAUGGCUUUUCAGUUUUUAUUUUCCUGCAGCCUUCCAAGAAGUCUAAGUCUGUGAAUAUUUUCAUGUUGAACCUAGCCAUUUCUGACCUCCUGUUCAUAAUAACACUGCCUUUCAGGGUCGACUAUUACCUUAGAGGCUCCAAUUGGAUAUUUGGGGACCUAGCCUGCAGGAUCAUGUCUUACUCCAUGUAUGUCAACAUGUACAGUAGCAUUUACUUCCUGACUGUGCUGAGCGUUGUGCGUUUCCUGGCAACGGUUCACCCCUUCCGGCUCCUCCACGCGACAAGCAUCAAGAGUGCCUGGAUACUAUGUGGGAUCAUAUGGAUUUCUAUCAUGGCUUCUUCUACAGUGCUUCUGAACACUGGCUCCGAACAGAGGGACAAUGUGACUUCGUGCUUAGAACUGACUCACAAUAAAAUCGAUAAAUUGCUGAUUAUGAACCACGUCGCCCUGGUGGUGGGCUUUUUCCUGCCAUUUUGCACUCUCAGUAUCUGUUACCUGCUGAUCGUUCGAACCCUGUUGAAGGUGGAGGUCCCCGACUCAGGGCUUCGGGCGUCACACAGGAAGGCACUGAUUACUAUCAUCAUUGCCUUGAUCAUCUUCCUCCUGUGUUUCAUGCCCUAUCACGUCCUAAGGACCUUCCAUCUGGUCACAUGGAAUACGUGCAGAAUCUCCCUGCAUAAAGCUGUGGUCAUCACGCUGACCUUGGCUGCAGCCAAUACCUGCUUCAACCCUUUACUUUAUUACUUCGCUGGAGAGAAUUUUAAAGACAGACUAAGGACCACCUUCAGAAAAGGUCAUUCACAUAUGACAAAGGCCAAGUGCACAUUUCCUCUUUGUGUGUGGUGGAAAAAGGAAACAACCAGCGUGUAA